AUGGAGAGAGCUUUUAAGUGUAAGUUGAUAUGGAAUGAGGAUAAAGGUUUUGAGAUAUCAGAAAGGAAGGACACUUAUACAGUCAAGGCGAAUUAUAGGAGCUGCACUUGUAGAUUUUGGAAUCUAACAGGGAUGCCAUGUCCUCAUGGUAUUUGUGCUUUGUAUCGUGGAGGACUGAAGUUAGAGGAUUGUUGCGAUGAUUGGUACACGAAGGAUAUAUUUAUUAAGGCAUAUUCCUAUCCUUUGCAGCCUAUUAAGGAUGAAAAACAAUAUCCAAAAACAAGAUUACCUCCCUUGGAGCCUCCUCAAUUCAAAAAGCAACGGGGCAGACCAAAAAAAAUAAGAGAAAAGAUCCAGACGAGCCAAAAAAGCUGGAAAAUCAUCUAA